UAAGAUGGCGGCCGGGCGGCCGGCGCCGAGCCCCAGCGGCUUCUCCUGCUCCCGCGCCUCGGCUGAGGCGGCCGCUGAGGCGUUGCCGUGGGAGGUCCGGCUGGCGGCCGCCGAGGCGUCCCGGGCCGAGUACCGCGCGGCGUCCCGCCUGCUGGCCAGGAGCAACGCGGAGCUGCUGUGGCGGCAGCGGCGCCUGGAGAAGGAGGCGAUGGCCGUGCAGGGCGGCCUGGCCAGGCAGGGCCAGGAGAAGGAGCAGGAGAUUGAGAAACUGAAGAAGGAGCUGAUUGAUUUGAAACAGCAAGCACAAGAAGUGAACAAGAAACUGGCAGACUAUUAUGCCCAACAAAUAAAAGAACUGGAGGAGAAAUUUAAUAAAAAAGUUGGAGAAAUUGGCCAAAUUCAAUCAGAACUGAAAUUAAUAAAGGAAUUUCACAGGGAGAAAGCGGCUAUGGAGAAAGAACUGGAAGAUUUAAAAAAGAGUAUGAAGAUCUCAGACAGGAGACAUCAGGAAGCGCUUGUGAGACUGGAGAAGAGGUUUCUUGAAGAGAAGAAAAGACUGGAAGAGGAUGCUGAGAAGAAGCUAGUAAUGAUGACAGAAACUGCCCAGCGUGAGGCUGUCUUGCAGCUGAACAGCACUGGGAGAGAGGUGCUUAAGGAGAACAUUCGUCUUCAUGGUGCUUUCUCCUACAAUCUGAAAGAGAAUAUGGAAUUGCAGAAAACGAAACAGAAGUUAGAGGAGGACAAAACUCUUCUGUUACUGGAGAAGGAAACCAGCGAGGGUUUGAUUCGAAAAAAGAUCCUACAGAUCAACCAUCAGAAAGCACAGAUUAGAGAUCUGCAGUGUAAAGUGGAAAAACUGGAGAUGGCCUUAUGUCACAUGACCAGAGAAUUUGAGACAAAGACUGAAAAAACACAGCAUCAAGCACUGAUAGAAAACCAGGCGAGCAUAGUGGAGAUCAAGAAACUGCAGCAAUUACUGGAAAUGAAGGACCAGGAGAUGAAUCGAGUGAAGAAACUAGCCUGGAAUAUCUUAAAUGAGAGGACUGAGGUGGAAAGGUUCUUCCUAGAUGCUCUGGAACAUGUGAAGCAGGAGAUCAUAGCCAGUAGAAAGCACUAUUAUGAAAAGGCACGGGCUGCCUAUUACAGAAAAAUGAUGGAGGCAUGUGCAGGGACCGAAGAAUUUCCCAAAAUCAAAACAUUCAAAGGCAACAUAAACAGCACAAACAGUGUGUAUAGAGACCUAGAGGAAGCUGAGAAAUGCUACUGGGAAAAAGUACAGUUUGAAAAAGUGGAUAUCAGUGAGUUGACAUGGGAACAAAAAGAACGUGUUCUGAGAUUACUUUUUGCCAAAAUGAAUGGUGCAAAUCCAUGGAAGUACAGCAGAGUUUUGGCUACUUCAGCUCCAGCUCCUGCUGAUGCUAAAGAAGAAAGCAAAGUUGGCACAGAAAAUAUUUCUUCCAACCUAAUAUGUGUUACGCAGCAAUCUGAAUUAUCAGAGUCAUCAUCUUCUGCAGUAAUCCUUCCACAUAUUGAGAUGUUAACAGAGUAAGGCAGCUGUACACUUUAUGUGAACAAGAACAAUAUCCAUAGCAAUUACUGACUCAUCUAUAUUUUUCAUUUUGGAAGUUACCUUGUGAGCAAAGCUGCAAUUCUAAGUCUUCCUUCUGUUAAUGCUGCUGCUUUGACUACAAAUUUAAAAUUCAUCUGAAAUACAACAAUUUUCCUCCUUCUUAAAAUAAAGAUCUUAUUCUUUCCAAAGCCAGGAGCUAGGAUGACCCUAUACAUAGCACUGAAGUGGUUAGAACUCUGUGUAGGUGGUGCUGUAAUUUGAUUGAGAUACUUUUUCAGCUAGCAAUAGAGUUCUGUAUGUGAAGUUUAAGAGCUUUUGUGAUCAAGUGGUAAGUAUGUGGAAAAAAACAAGGCAUUCCUUGAAAUGCUGUAUGAGGAUAUUGGUGCAGAAGUCCUUGAAAUACUGUAAAAGGAAGAUGUAUACACUGAUUACAGGAAACACAGACCAGCCUCUGUGAAGGGGAACAAAGUCAAUGUAACACCUACAGAAUAUUUUAGCAAGGAACAGUCAUUUUCUGCAGAAAUGUAUUAGCAAGUUUUUUUAAUUCACAAUCAAAUUGCAAGGUGAGAAUUUCCCUCUAGAGUAUAGCAGAAGAAAAAGUAAGAUACAAACAUAAGAGUAACUGCUGUGGAUCCAACAAAUACAUAACUGUCACUUACAAGGAAUCUUAAUCUGAAGGCAGGAUACAAAGUCUUCACAUUCAAGUUGUUUAAUUAGAACAGGUAAUGAUUACAAUCAUUAGAAUAAUAUUAUUUUUCCAUGAGUACUUGAAUGAGUUCCCUGCAGAUCCCUCAUGGCUGCAUCAUCUUCCAGGAUGCAAGAAUAAAAGUAGAGGGUCUCCAGCUCCAAAAGCACAUACUCUUAAGAACAGGGUAUAUCAAGACCCUUCUCUUGUAAUGGGACCUGCAGACCCUAGGGAACAUGCCUGUGUUUGAGCAAAUGUGAGAAGGUGUCAAGUCAAUCAUCACAAGAAAUACAGCUAUAGUCAGGGAAAAAAAACAGGCCUGGCUGUUUUGCGAUUAAAACAUGUUCUCUCUACCUACUGACCUGUCUAUUCUUCUUACUGCCCAGACUCACAUGAUCCCGUGAU